GUCCUUAAAACAUGCCAAUCAAAAAUCCGCGCUGUAAACCAUUGGUUGUGUAUUUUUACUAUGUUUACACUCAACUGGUUUUCCACAGGCUUCAAAAACCAGAGAAAAACGUUUGACUCAUAAAGAAAUUUGCUUCCAAAACUACUCUCUGAAAAGUUUAUGAGAUUAAUAAUUAAGAGUCUAUUAAGCUAUGCUCAAUGUAUAAACCACCUCCCGUUGUUCAGCGGUGUAUUUACACUUCGAAGGCUGAAUUUCAAGGGUUAUUCUUUCUUCACCUCCCAAACAAACAUGGCGGCCUCCAGCUACAAAGACUUCGGUCCUCUUGUAGGUGCUAUAGAUCAAGGUACCUCAAGCAGUAGGUUUUUGUUGUUUGCUAGUAAAACUGCAGAAUUACUUGCAUUCCAUCAAGCUGAGUUUGAAAGUAUAUACCCCAAGGAAGGAUGGGUGGAGCAAGACCCUAAAGUUCUUUUGUCUUCUGUCUACAAAUGUAUGGAGCAAACACUUCAGAGCUGCAAAGACCUCAAUAUCAACCCAGCUGAUAUCAAAGCUCUUGGUAUAACAAAUCAAAGAGAGACUACGGUAGUAUGGGACAAAAUCACUGGAGAACCACUACACAAUGCUAUAGUCUGGUUGGAUACAAGAACGAAGUCUACAGUGGAGAAAUUUGUAGCUUCAAACCCAAAAAGCACCUUAGACAGUGUUAGGUCUCUCUGUGGUCUUCCAAUCAACACAUAUUUUAGUGCCGUUAAACUCAGAUGGUUAAUAGACAACUCUGAAGCAGUACAAAAAGCAGUGAAGGAAGAGAGAUGCCUAUUUGGUACAGUGGAUAGCUGGUUACUUUGGAACAUGACUGGAGGGACCAAAGGUGGAAUUCAUGUUACAGAUAUAACUAAUGCAUCCAGGACAAUGCUAAUGAACCUGAAAACUGGAGAUUGGGAUCCUUUUCUCUGCAAAUUUUUUAAUAUUCCAACAACAGUCCUACCAUCUAUACGAAGCUCUUCAGAAAUUUAUGGGAAAAUGGUUAAUGGACCUCUUGUGGGAACACCUAUAUCAGGGGUUCUCGGAGAUCAACAAGCAGCUCUCGUAGGGCAAAUGUGCUUCAGUAAAGGAGAUGCAAAAAACACAUAUGGAACUGGCUGUUUCUUACUUUAUAAUACAGGACUUGAGCCUAUCCUGUCAGAAAAUGGCCUGUUAACCACAGUAGCCUACAAACUUGGACCAGAUCAGCCAACUAUAUAUGCAUUAGAGGGCUCAGUAGCCAUUGCAGGUGCAGCUAUCAAGUGGCUUAGAGAUAAUCUUAACUUGAUUAAGGAUUCUUCUGAAAUUGAAUCCUUAUCUAAAAGUGUUGAUAGUUCUGCUGGAGUGUAUUUUGUACCAGCAUUCUCUGGUCUUUAUGCUCCAUAUUGGCAGAUGGAUGCUAGAGGUAUAAUCGUAGGUCUUACUCAGUUCACCAACAAAGCACAUGUAGCCAGGGCGACCCUAGAGGCAGUGUGUUUCCAAUCUAGAGAGCUAUUAGAUGCAAUGAAUGAAGACUGUGGGAUACCAUUGGCAAGUCUCUUGGUUGAUGGUGGUAUGACGGUCAAUAAUCUACUCAUGCAGUUACAAGCUGAUAUUCUGGGUAUUAGUGUAGAGCGCCCCACUAUGCCAGAGACAACAGCUCUAGGUGCUGCAAUGGCUGCUGGUGCUGCUAAAGGAAUCGAGGUGUGGCCAUUAAACCCUGAAGAUAAAUCCCAGAUCAAUACUGAUGUGUUUAAUCCAUCAAUGGAUGCCAAAGAACGAGAACGUCAUUAUGCAAAAUGGAAAAAGGCAGUAAAGAGAUGCAUGAAAUGGGAAGUGGAUGAACAAACAGAGAGUGAAGGCACCGAUUAAAGAUCUCGAUAGUCUGUUUUUGUUAUCAAGAUGAAACAAGAACAAGUAGUACUCUAGGUCCAUCGUUAUUUCUGUGCGGAAGUGUAGCCAUAUUAUUAUUAGCAGCUAAAUUAGGAUAACAAUAACGAUAAAUUAUCAGCGAUAAUUCAAUUACCUGCAUGGAGAAUUCUUCAAGAUUUGUUUUUCCCCGCAGUUCUUGGUCUCGGUAAUUAUUCCAAAUAAAUUUGUCAGCCAUGUUGGAUCGACUUCCUAUCCUCCAACAUGGCUAAGAUUAUGUCAAAUUCACUGACAGGCAAAAGCUUUCUCGAUAUAGAAUUUAAAAACGAUUUGAUUAGUCACCAGCAGGAUAGGAUAUUUUAUACUUAAAAAUAUGAGAAAAUCAAGUUCAGUUAGUCAAUCGGCCAUGUUUCUCAUAAGACUGAAAUCUUUAGUUUUUUGCCCCAUAAAACUCGUUUUGAAACGCUUCAAUAAGACUGAGGCAAGUAGGGCAAAACUGUACUGACAGAUAGCGGAUCGAGAAGAAUUCUUUAUUCCCAGGAAACCAGAAUUUUAAUUUUUUUGAAAUAAUUUUGGAUUAUUUAUCAUGUUUUUGUACAAUUCAACCACAUUCAUAAGGAUUUUAUUUUAAUAGAUUAAUUUAAAAUUUAACAAUAUAAUUAUAAUAUCUGGGUUUAUAUUUGGGUGGAUAUGGAAUAAACGUUAUGUAAUCGAGCCGUAAUAAAAUGUCAUUACAUAACAUCGACAACAA